ACCUAAACUUUAAAAAAGGAAAUCCAGCUGGAGCCACGGGACACUUCCUUUUCUCCCACAGAGACUUUUUUAAAUUUUUUUCUGGGAAGAUCCAACGAGGAUAAAAGUUGCGAGAACUUUUACGCACGAAAAGGACCCAGAUGUGCUUCAGUCAGAUACUUUUAACUAUUUGGCUGUUUUAUUUUACAAAGUCAAGUUUAGCGUAGUUUGAAGGGCGCCUGCUCUUUUAGUCGCGAUAAUCGUUCACAGGAAAAAAAAAACUUUAAAGACGAGAAAGGCAAAAGUCUUCGCAUCACGUCUGGAUUAUCUGACCUGUGCCAACAGAUCAUUGAUCGCCAAUAAUUAUUUUAUUAGGAUCGAUCGACUGAGUAAGUUCAGUAGUUUGCGGUGUUGAUAUAUAGUCCACACGCGGCUGGGGUUGUCCAUCAAGUGUGCGUCAGAUCAGACCGAAGACAGACUGAGCACUGAGACUUUUAGAGGUUCUUGUUUGUGCGUAAUUUCGCAUGAAGUCAGCGAGAGGCAGAGCGACCCUGAUGUUCCUCCGGCUGACACAUCCUCUGCACCGCUCACACUGAGGCUCUCUUCACUCGCCUCCAUCCUCUGAGCCCUCACACACUGGACUCUGAGACCAGCGGCGUUUGGAGAACGAUAUUUUCAUUCUCCCAAAGUGUCCUGCUCUUCUCAAACAACCCAGUCAGGUGGCACUGACCCAAGCUGUUGUGAUGCAUAUUCCCGUAGAGCCGCCCACCACCAGACGGUUCACGCCGCCCUCCACGUCCUUCCCCUGCAGUAAGAUCGUGGACGUCAACGGGGCCAUGGCCACCCCGGGGCCCCUCAGGUCGCGACCGGACACCCGGAACGUGGUGGACGUCCUGGCGGACCACGCCGGCGAGCUGGUGCGCACCGACAGCCCGAACUUCCUCUGCUCCGUGCUGCCGUCUCACUGGAGGUGCAACAAGACGCUGCCCGUGGCUUUCAAGGUCGUGGCUCUCGGGGACGUGCCCGACGGCACGCUGGUCACCGUGAUGGCCGGGAACGACGAGAACUACUCGGCCGAGCUGAGGAACGCCUCGGCCGUGAUGAAGAACCAGGUGGCACGCUUCAACGACCUGCGCUUCGUGGGCAGGAGCGGACGAGGGAAGAGCUUCACUCUGACCAUCACCGUGUUCACCGGACCCCCGCAAGUGGCCACGUACCACCGCGCCAUCAAGGUCACCGUGGACGGACCCCGGGAACCGCGCAGGCACAGAGUGAAGAUGGAAGACCCCCAGAAGAUGCAGUUCUCCGACAGGUUGUCAGAGAUCGAGCGCUACCAGCGGACUAUGCGAAUAGGCCCGGUGAACAACAAUCCCCGCCCCAUGCACCAAACCCACCUCAGCACCACACAAGCCCUGUGGCAGGAGCAAAUGGAGACCCCCGCUCUGAAGACAUGCAAGGUGGAGGAGGACCUGAGACCAUGGCCAGGGUCUACAGAUAUCUUCCAACAGAGGAGCAGCUUCCCAUCUCUCUCGCCGCUGACUGACCCCCGCUUCUCAGACCCUCGGAUGCAUUACCCCGGGGCCUUCCCCUACUCCGCCAACACCUCCAGCAGCGGCAUCAGCGGCCUCAGCAUGUCAGCCUCUUCUAGAUACCACACCUACCUGCCGCCACCCUACUCGAACAACCAGACCCAAAACUUCCAGUCCAAUUCCUACCUGUAUUACGGCGCAGGCUCUGGAUCCUACCAGUUCUCCAUGGUUGCGCCGGGGAACACCGGAGGGGAGCGCUCCCCCACACGCCUGCUGUCCUGCUCGGGCGCCGGUGGCCCCGGAGGGACCAACAGCCUGAUGAAUCCCGGCUUGAACAACCAGAGCGAGGGCGUGGAGGCCGACGGCAGCCACAGCAACUCCCCCACGGCCAUGAGUGCCUCGGGCCGCUUGGAUGAGUCCGUCUGGAGGCCUUACUGACUGACAGACAGCUAGACAAUCAAGAUGGUGCGGGAGAGAGUGAGGAAGGAAAAGGAAAAAAAAAAAGAAAAAAAGAAAAAAAUGCUGAACACUGAAAGAAAAGAAAGAAAAUCAAGCAAAAAUAACAGAAAAGCUGCAUGUUUGUCUUUUAUUUCUCCAGCACUAGCUUUAAAGACUUUGUGUUUUACAACUCUCCCAAGACUUCCAUGUAUUUUGUACAUUUUGAGUGAACUCCUGCACCGUGCUGAAACAUGUAUUCCUAAGAGACUCUGAAAGCCUUUUAAAACGGAGAUAAUGCUCAGCGGAGACUGUAAGUAGACAUGAGGGUAAGAAAAAGCCAUAGUAACGUUUCAGGAAGAGUUUUCUGACAUAAACCAAAGACAAAAGAAGGUAGGAAGGUAUGAAAUCCAUCAGUGCAGCGGAUGAACUGAAAAACCGCAGCAGACACUCAUCAAGCCGACCGGUCAGACUGAUCCAACUUACAUGGACACUGGACAUGAGCAGUCACACUGAACUUUUCCUCCAGGAGUGACUCUGACAUCCUUCCGCGGCAUGGCUGCACUGCUGUAGCGAUCGGUUCUUUCAAGGUCUAGUUUCUGCAACAUUUAAACAUUGCAAAAAACUGUCAGUUGUGAAACAUCCUCACAAGCGUACAGUGCGUCUAUGCAGUGCCUUAUCGCCUAAUUCAUCAUCCAUACGAACAUUAACAGCCAUUGGUGCUACAGUAUAACAUUCGGUGGAUGUGUCAACACAAUUGCUCCAUAUUUGAGAGAAAAGCAUUUUAAUGUGGCAGGACUUAUACGUUUAAGGACAUAAAUUCUCCUCUGCUGUGUCAUCAGCGAAUCACGUUUCAACAGGACACUGGCUGAUAUUUAGAAGAAUGUAAAAGUCAAAAAAGCAGAGGAGUCUUUAUUGGGUUUCUUUUUCUGCAGGUAUAUUUAUAGUCCUGUUGUGUCUUCUCUUUAAUUUUUCUUUAAAAUGUAUUUUCCAAUCCCCAUUUUCUCUGCAAAGAAAAGUCUGUCUGGUUUUUGCAACCGGAUGACACGGUUUACUUUUGAUAUUUAUUUGAGCCAAAUUGUGAGGAAAUGUGCGCAUAAACCCCAACAAAUCCUUGAGCAUUUCUCGCUACCUUUCCUUUUUUACAUAUAUAUGAAUAUAAAUGCAUACAGU